AUGACUGGGGCCUUCAGUGUGGAUGAUUCGUGCCUUCCUUUCGUCAUCGGAUUUUUAUCGGGUCGUGUGAUUCGCUGCGAAGACGAGGGCCAAUGGCGAGAGGACAGUGAACGGGAGCGCGCUGGCGGUGAAAUGGGUCAACUUCGUGGUCGUCCUCGUGGCGGUGUCGUUGGUGGUGGUGGCGGAGGCGAACGAGACUACCGAAGAUUCGGUGUCGCUGUUCUCAAUUUCGCUAACACUUGUUCCUGGUAUAAGGUAGCAGGAGGUGAAGAUUUCUUCUAA